AUGGCUACGAAUGCCACCACGAGUUCGUCCUCGAGGAAUCCACCACUUCGAAAUCUGCAGACAAAGGUGAAGGCGUUGAUGGAGAUGUUUAAGUCCAUAACCACUUUCGCGAGCACUCUGGGGGAGGUUUCUUCAGCCCAACAAAUCCAUGUUCGGCUGGAGAAACUCAACGAAUUGUGGGAUCGAAUCAACGACGCGCUGAUUGAGGUUGAAAUGCACGAGGAAUAUUCAUCGAAGGAGGCCACUUGUUCGAAUAUACGCCAGGACUUCACCACCAAAUAUUACAACGCGAAGGCAUCCAUGUUGGAACGCAUAAAGGAGUUGGAAGUCAAUAGCAGCGUUCUGCAUUCCACCAGAAUCAUGGACUCAUCGAUUCAACCAACCAUCGAGCAUGUAAGGCUACCGCAGAUUAAGCUGCAAACGUUUGACGGCGACAUCGACCAGUGGCUAAGCUUCCGAGACCUGUAUCUAUCCCUGAUCCACACCAAGGCGGACUUACCGGAGGUUGAGAAGUUCCACUACCUCAAGGGCUGUCUCACCGGAGAAGCGAGGGCUCUCAUCGAUCCGCUGGCGCUCACAAGAGCAAAUUAUCAGGUAGCUUGGGACAUCUUAAUGACCAGGUACAACGACAGCAAGGUGUUGAAGCGCAGGCAGAUUGGGAACCUGUUCAAAUUACCCAAGGUGACUAAGGAGUCGGCCGUGGAUAUCCAGACACUACUGGAAGGGUUCGAACGCGUCGUGCAGACCCUGGACCAGUUAGUCAAACCAGAGGAGUACAAGGACCUGCUGUUGUUGGAAAUGCUGUGCUCCAGGUUGGACCCAACCACUCGUCGAGCAUGGGAAGAACAUAGCGCUAAUCAAGAGCAGGACAAGGUAGCAGAUCUUACUCAGUUCCUCCAAACUCGCGUGAAGAUCCUUGCAUCGCUCCCGUCUAAGGCGCACGAGAAUAAACCGGAAGUUUUUCAAUGGCAGAAGAAAAACAGCGCUCCCAGAACGAGCCACAGCGCAACCCAGAUGAUGGCCGGAAGUUGCAUCGCUUGUCCAGAAUCCCAUUUGCUGUACACAUGCCCUACGUUCCUGAGGUUGAGCGCUUCCGCUCGAGACAAGCUGCUGCGACAAAACUCCCUCUGCAGAAACUGCUUUCGGCGUGGCCACCAAGAUUCGGAUUGCAGAUCGAACCAAGUUUGUCGCAGAUGCAGAGGAAAACACCACACCCUAGUCUGCUUUCGAGACGAUGGCGGAAACACCAAUAAUCGCGUCGUACAAACCUUUACACCCGCUCUAAAUCCCAACCAAACCACACCUGCAGCCAACUCGGGGUCAGUUUCUUCAAACAUGGCCAGGAAUCAUUCGUCAACAGUGCUGCUAGCUACAGCGGUCGUCUUAGUGGAAGACGACACAGGCAAGGUUUUCCAAGCGCGGGCUCUACUGGACUCGGGCUCGGAGUGCAAUUUCAUGACAGAGGGGCUCUGUCAACGUAUGAAGGUAUCUCGUAGGCGUUCGAACAUUUCCGUCCUUGGGAUUGGCCAAUCUAACACCAGCGUCAAACAUCAAGUGUCAGCGGUUAUUAGGUCAAGAAUGUCAAACUUUUCUCGGUCGAUGGAUUUCCUUCUACUACCAAAGGUCACAGCGGAUCUACCUACUACCAGUGUGGCGGUUUCCUCUUGGCAGUUUCCACAAGGUGUGGAGCUAGCCGAUCCGGCAUUUUUUAAAUCGCAAUCCUUGGACAUGGUGCUAGGAAUACAGCACUUCUUCUCAUUUUUCCCGAGCCACGCUAAAAUUCCGUUAGGAGAAGGAUUACCAAUGCUGAUAGAAUCAGUAUUCGGUUGGUUGGUAACAGGAUCCGUGGAGAAUCAAGGUUCUACUUCCCGCAUAGCUUGCAAUACGGCUGCAAAGAUAGAUUUGGAUGAACUUCUCACUCGUUUUUGGUCCUGUGAAGAGAUAGGGUCUCUGAACAAUUAUUCCCCGGAAGAACAACGCUGCGAGGCGCAGUUUGUUCUAACCAAGUGCAGAAGUUCCGAUGGGCGAUACACCGUUGCGUUACCAAAGAACGAAAAGAUAUUGGCAAACAUUGGCGAGUCACGGGAGAUGGCUUUUCGUCGACUGCAAUCCCUGGAACGUAGACUGGAAAAGGAGCCAGAACUACGUAAACAAUACCACGGUUUCAUGGAGGAAUACUUGGAGCUUGGACACAUGCGCAGGGCGGAUGUGGGUCCAGAAAAGCGGUUUUACCUUCCCCAUCAUCCAGUUAUCAAGCAGGCUAGCACAACCACAAAGGUACGAGUCGUGUUCGACGCAUCGGCUAAAAGUAGCAGUGGCAUAUCCCUCAACGAGGCGUUAUUGGUUGGACCCGUAAUCCAGGACGAGCUUCGUGCUCUCAUUAUGCGUAGUCGGAUGAAACAAAUCAUGGUGGUAGCAGAUAUCGAGAAGAUGUUCAGACAGAUCGGAAUUCAUGAAGCGGAUAUGCCCUGGCAAAGCAUUCUGUGGAGAGCUGACCCUAACAAGGAAGUUGAAACCUUUGAAUUGGCCACCGUUACGUAUGGUACGAAACCGGCGCCAUUCUUAGCAACCAGAACGUUGAAACAACUAGCCAUCGACGAGCAUCAUCGAUUCCCAGCGGCAUCCAAGGCAUUGGAGGAGGACGUUUAUAUGGACGAUGUAAUAACCGGUACGGAUCUAGAAGAAGAUGCUGUCAAGUUGUGUGUGGAUCUCAUCAAGUUGACGAGUAGCGGAGGUUUUCGUCUAAGGAAGUUCGCAUCCAAUUCAGCUGCGGCCCUCAGAGAGGUGGAUUCCGAAGAUCUGGCCCUACAACAAACCGAAGAGAUAAAUCUAGAUCCUGAUCCAGCAGUAAAGACCCUCGGAUUGGUUUGGCUCCCACGCACCGAUUACUUUCGGUUCAAUUUCAACAUUGAAAAAGUUCCCAUGGACGAGCGAUUAUCCAAACGAAAAAUCCUGUCAGCCAUAGCUAUGCUUUUCGAUCCCCUGGGACUGGUAGGAGCGGUAACAGCUAGUGCGAAAAUCUUCAUGCAGCGUUUGUGGCGACUACAAGAAGACGGUAACAGAUUAGACUGGGAUCAUCCUGUACCGGUUAACGUAGAACAAGAGUGGCGAAAUUUCUACGAUCAAUUACCUACCCUGAACGCUUUAAAGAUUCAACGUUGUGCUAUCAUUCCCAAUGCAAUUAAGGUGGAAUUGCAUUUCUUUUCGGAUGCAUCGGAGCGCGCGUAUGGGGCGUGCGCAUAUAUUAGGAGCGUCGACGUAGAUCGAAAAUCCUACGUAUGUCUACUAGCAUCGAAAUCCAAGGUGGCACCGCUAAAAUGUCAAUCUAUUCCAAGACUGGAGCUUUGCGGAGCACUUUUGUCGGCGGAAUUAUCCAGCAAGGUACAGGCAGCGGUGAAGAUGCAGGUUGACAUGCAUUUCUGGACGGAUUCAACGUGUGUCCUUCAAUGGUUGAAGGCAAUCCCGGCGACAUGGUCGACAUUCGUAGCUAACCGUGUUGCGAAAAUACAAACACUUACCGAAACCUAUCCUUGGAGACAUGUUCCUGGCCUGCAGAAUCCAGCAGACCUCAUCUCACGUGGUAUGGACCCAGAGAAGAUUGAGGAAUGCGACCUUUGGUGGAAAGGCCCUGAAUGGUUAGGGCAAAAUCAUUUCCCGGAGCAGCCAAGAACCCUGGAGUCACCAAUAGCUGAAGAGGAAGUUCGUCGUUCUGCACACCCAGCUACCAGUUGCGUAGCACAUUUUGGUGAGGAGUAUGUGCAAAAAUUUUCGUCCUUCACUAAGCUCAUACGUUGUACCGCAUACUGGAUGCGACUCAUGCGAAUACUCAGAAAUUCCGAGGACAACCGUAGCAGUUUGCUGACAGUAGAGGAGUUGAGAGAAGCAGAGUUUGCAAUUAUCCGCCGUAUCCAACAAGAGUCAUUUCCUACUGAGUGGAAGGCUCUAACCAAGCACGAAGCUGUUCAUCGCAGUUCACCAUUAAGAUGGUUUACCCCACAAAUAUCGUCGGACGGACUGAUUCGUGUUGGAGGAAGAUUGGCACGUGUCACAGUAGCUCGAGCAUUUUCAAAAACCGGCGUCGACUACUUUGGACCGGUAUAUGUUCGUCUAGCUCCCAGAAGACCAGCGGUCAAGGCAUAUGUGUCGGUGUUUAUCUGCCUUUGUACGAAAGCGGUUCACCUAGAGCUGGUAUCCGACUUGUCAACAGAUCGCUUCCUUCAAGCAUUACGACGGUUUAUUGGAAGAAGAGGAUACUGCUCCGACAUGUAUUCGGAUAAUGGAACGAACUUCGUAGGGGCUCGUAAUUAUCUUCGAGAGCUACUCAGGUUGCUUCGUAGCGAUGAACAUAAAGAAGCGGUUUCUAAGGAGUGUGCCAACAACAAUAUCCAGUGGCACUUCAUACCACCAGCAGCACCUCAUUUCGGCGGACUUUGGGAGGCAGCAGUCAGAUCAGCCAAAAAGCACAUCUUGAAAGUUCUAGGAGAAAAUCCAAUUCCAUUCGAGGACAUGACUACACUCUUGGUACAAGUGGAAAAUUGCCUCAACUCGAGGCCCAUUACCACUUUAACAGAUGAUCCUGAUAACCUCGAACCACUAACACCAGGACAUUUUCUUAUUGGCGAACCAUUGCAACAGCUGCCUGAGAGAAGUUACCUCGAAAUACCCAUGCAUAGAUUAAAUCGAAGCCAAACCUUGCAGAAGAAGCUUCAGCACUUUUGGGAUCGUUGGAGAGUGGAGUAUUUGACACAACUUCAAGGGCGGUUCAAAAGGUGGAAGAAACCGAUCGAUAUCAAGGUUGGACAGUUGGUAAUUAUCAAGGAGGAAAAUUUGCCACCUAGCCGUUGGAAGAUGGGCAGAGUUGAACAAGUUCAUCCAGGGUCAGAUGGAGUCGUCAGGGUCGUCACUUUGAAGACUGCAACGGGACCUUCUACGCGUCCGGUUGAAAAGCUGUGUUUUUUGCCUUCAGCAUCUCAACCAGAUUCCAAUCAAGCCAGUUCCUCGGAGAUUCAGAAAGAUCAGUAG